AUGUCCAAUCAAAGAAAAUUCGCAAAGAACAGACAAGAGAAAGGAGAAGCAGCAAAAAUAAGACACAAUGUUGCUACUGCCUUGAGAGAGAGUGCAAUUCAGAAAAAAGCCCGACCAAAGUUAGUAGAACCUAUAGAUUAUGAAACCUAUGUUGUUAAGAAUAAAGUUUUAUUGCAUAAUGAUCCUCAACGUGAUAUGCUCAACUUUCCUCAUGAUGAUAUUGAGGUUCCUCCACCAACUCCAGCCAGGAAGAUGCGUACAAUACGAUCAACAGUACCUAAAACAGCGUUUAAAGAAGCUACUAGCUUAAUGGUGAAAGAAUGUAUUAAGACCUAUACUGAUAAUUGUCAUAUGAUUAAAUUUAAAUAUCAACAAUAUUCUGGUAGUUAUCAACAGUUACCAAGUGCUAGAAGAUUAGAACCUCUAUCACAACAUGUAUUUGAGAUUGAUACAGAAGAAAUAGAAGACAAAGAUGAUGAUACUAUAAGUCGAGGACUAGAAUCUAUUAUAACUAAGAAAGGAUGGUUAUAUAAAGGUCCUGAUGGAGGCAAAGAAAACAUCAUUAGUUUUACAAGGCAAUUUAAAAGAAGAUAUUUUGUAUUACAACAACAGACAGAUUUGACAUAUAUGUUAGAAUUCUUUAAAGAUAAUAAAAAAUCAGAUGCUAAAGGUGCUAUAUAUCUUGAUUUAGCAGAAUGUGUGGUUAAAAACACUAAAAAAGGAAAGUACUCUUUUGAAAUUCGUAUGUCAGAUCGCCAGCCAUAUUUAUUAGCAGCUGAAAAUGAUAGUGAAAUGGAAGAUUGGAUUAUUGUAUUAAAUCGUGUUAUUAAUGCAGCUGAAACAGCUUCUACAAUCUCUAGCAGUAGUAUCAAAGUCAAACCUGAACCAUUCUUCAUAUCAUUUGCUCUAUAUGAUGCUCAUGAAGGGAAGAAGAUAUCAGAAGAUUUCCCAGUUGAUCCGAAUGAGAAAGAGAUUAUAGAUAUGAUACCAUCAGAAAUAUUACAUGCCUCUGAUAAACUACAUACUGUAGAAGGUAAAAAUACAGCACCUGAUUUAAAUGGUUUAGAUGAAGAAUGGUUAAUGAAGCCAGAUAGACAGGGGUUGUUUUCGGUAGUUAGAAGAUAUGGUGAUAGUAGUGAUGUAUAUUUAGUAGCUAAGAUAGAGAAAGUACUACAAGGCAGUAUAUCACAGGCUGUAGAACCCUAUAUUAAACCACCAGAUUAUAAACAAGGCAGUAAAAUAUAUAAACAGAUGAAACAGUGCUGUUCUCAUAUUGGACAUUAUAAAAUGCCUUUUGCUUGGUCAGCUAAAUCUUUAAGUACUACACACUAUGGUGUCUUAGAAUUACCAAUCUUUAAACAGGAGAGUCAUAAAUUAUCAGAAGCUGAAAUUAUCAAAAAUUUACAAGACUUCAGAAAACCUGAGAAACAAAGUAAAUUACAAGUGAUACCAGGUGUACUGAAAGUUUAUUAUGAACAAGUAAAUGCUGAUGAUGAAAUAACAAAUGUAUUGACAGCAGCUUUGGAUCCUGUUAAACCUUUCCCUGGACCACCAAUGAAACCAUCUAUAGAAAUUGAAGAAUUUAUACCAGAAAGAGCCUCAUUAUGUUCUACAUUUGAUUUCUAUAAGAAUACUCUGUAUGUUUAUCCUAAAAGUCUUAAAUUUGACAGUCAAAAAUCUUUUGCUAAGGCACGUAAUAUAGCUUGUUGUAUUGAAGUUAAAGAUAGUGAUGAUGAUGUAGCUGUUCCAUUAAAGUGUAUUUAUGGUCGACCCGGUACCUCAAUAUUUACAACUGUAGCCAGUACAUCUGUUGUACAUCAUAAUACAACCCCUGAUUUUACUGAAGAGGUUAAGAUAGCUCUACCAACACAACUACAUGAUAAACAUCAUAUAUUAUUUAGAUUUUAUCAUGUUAGUUGUGAAGCAUCUAAAGCUAGUCAUCGUUCUUCUGCUGCUGGAUUAAAGAAGAAAGAUAACAUUGAGUCUCCUGUAGGAUUUGCUUGGUUACCUUUAUUACAAGAAGGAGGAAGAGUAAAUGUUGGAGAGAAAUCACUAGCAGUCUCAAGUUCUUUACCAGCUGGUUAUUUAACACAUGAAUCAUUAGGUCUAGGUAGAGGGACUUCUGGACCAGAUAUUAAAUGGGUAGAUGGUGGUAAACAGAUCCUUAAAAUCAAUGUUAUAUUAGCAUCAACUAUAUAUACACAAGAUCAACAUCUCCACAAUUUCUUCCAACAUUGUCAAAGACUAGAUAAUAGUGCUAGUUUAGCUGUAGAUAUGAAUAGCAUCAACAAAUUAAAAUCGUUAUUAGCAGUAGAAGUGAGUACUUAUGUACAGUUUUUACCUACCCUACUCAAUCAGUUAUUUCAUCUAUUAGCUAAAACUUCUAGUGAUGAUGUAGCAAUUAAUGCUGUAAGAGUAUUAAUACAUGUGAUAUCUGAGGUUCAUGAUGCUGAUAAGUUAGAAUUAUUGGAUAAAUAUGUCAAGUAUAUAUUCCGACCAGAACAAGUAGUAAAAGGAAGUAAACAGAAGACAGUACAUGAAGAAUUGGCUAAGAAUUUAACAUCUAUAUUACGACCAGCCAAUGCUGAUCCUGUUCUCAUUUGUAGAUUUCUAGAACAUUCUGAUUUCUUUUGUGAUGUUUUGAUAAAAGGAAUGACUCAGUUUUUAAUUGAUACUGAUAGAGUCAAGAUGCCAAGAAAUGAAAGGUUUUCAUCCGAUUGUCAGUUUAGAAUACAGAAUUUAUUACAAGCAAUUCAACCACAUAUACUACAGAAAGCUAAUGAGAGACCUAAAGAAACUAAGAGUGCUAAUAAAAGUUUGGCUAAUUUUGUUAAGAACUGCUUUACUCUGAUGGAUAGAGGAUUUGUGUUUAGACUGGUAUCAAAGUACAUAGAGAAUUUUAAUCCAGGUGACCACAGAAUAUUACAUGAAUUCAAGUUUGAAUAUUUACGUAUCAUCUGUAGUCAUGAACAUUUCAUACCAUUAUCUCUACCGCUAAUGAGAAAAGGUUUAGUCAAGAACUUUAAAGAUUUAAAACAUGACUAUACAUUAUCUGAUGAUUAUAGACAAAUACAUUACCUUGUUGGAUUGUUAUUACAUGAAUUAAAGAUGGCUCUCAAUGAACCUAGAGAUAUUAGACGCAGUGCUAUAACUGUUCUUAGAAAUCAAUUGGCAAAACAUUCAUUUGAUGAUAGAUAUGCUACCAAGUCUCAACAAGGUAGAAUAGCAGCCCUGUAUUUACCAUUAGUAACAAUCUUAUUAGACAAUAGACAAAGAUUAAUGAAAGAUGCUGCCAAUCCUUCAAAUGUACCUUCUCAAAAACCUGUACAGAAUGGAGAAAUACCAUCAGUAAAAGUUGAUACAGCACGAAACUCUGUCACUACAUUAACUAAACCUGAGUAUGUUUUAACAGAAACACCCCAGAAUCUGAGUGAAAUGUCAAUGGGUAAACACUUGAAUGGUUCUACAACAUCUUUAGGUAGUAAUGAAUCAGAUAAAACAGUGACAUCAGAUAAAUCUAGUAACAGAAAAAAAUCUGUUGUUCCUUCCCCCUAUGUAUUAAGAUAUGAUAAGUUAGAUAUCACAGAAAUAAAAGAUUUAUUAGUAUCACUAUUAUAUAUACUAAAAUUUUUACCUGAUGAUAUAUUAUUAGGAUGGUGUAAUAAUUCAUCAGAAUCAGACUUGGUAGAUUUCUUUGGCCUUCUCAGAGUUUGUUUACAUCAAUUCAGAUAUCAAGGACCUCCUACUAAUUCUGAUGCUGAAGGAGUAAUGAGAGCUUUACAAGAAGCUAAUAUGGCUACUGAAGUUGGAUUAAUAGUUUUAGAUAUUCUAGCUUUAUUCUCACAAACUUUUAAGAAAGAACUAGAAGCUAGAGAAGGAGACAAUACAUUAAUGAGAACUAUAUUUCAACUACAUUUAUCAUUCUUACAAACCAGUCACUCAGAAGUUCUUCAAAAACAUGUCUUUGGUGCUUGGAGAGCCUUUAUUAAAAAGUUCCAGUCUGUGUUAUUUAAAGGAAGUGCUUCAAUGUGUGGUGAUUUAUGUCUUGCUAUAUUACGAUGCUGUAGUUCUAAAUUAAACUCAACACGACGUGAAGCCUGUUCUCUACUGUAUUUAUUGAUGAGAACUAAUUUCGAAUAUACCAACAAGAAAAACUUUACUAGAGUACAUCUACAGGUGAUAAUAUCUGUAUCACAGUUAAUAGGUGAUAGUGUUGGUUUAAGUACAUCUAGAUUUCAAGAAUCACUAGCUAUUGUCAAUAAUUACGCUAAUAGUGAUAAAGGAAUACAGAAAAGUCCCUUCCAUGUAGAGGUAAAAGAUUUGACCAAACGGAUAAGAACAGUGCUGAUGGCAACAGCUCAGAUGAAAGAAAAUGAGAACGAUCCAGAAUUACUGGUAGACUUACAAUACAGUUUAGCUAAAUCAUACGCCAGUACACCAGAACUACGUAAAACUUGGUUAGAUUCCAUGGCUAAACUACACAAUAGAAAUGGUGACUUCUCAGAGAGUGCUCAUUGUUACAUUCACAUAGCAGCUUUAAUAGCAGAAUAUCUGAAGCGAAGAGGGUGCUAUCCACAAGGCUGUAAGGCAUUUCGAUUUAUAUCACCUAAUAUAUUAGAAGAAGAAACAGGUAUAAAAGAUGAUUCUGGAAUGCAGGAUGUUCAAUAUACUGAUGAUACAUUAGUAGAAUUCCUGGAAGAAGCAGCAGAUUAUUUAAAGAAAGCUAAACGUUAUGAAUUAUUAGGAGAAGUAUAUAAAUUGAUUAUACCUAUAUAUGAGAAAAAGAGAGAUUUCAAUAAAUUAACCAAGAGUUACCAAACUUUAUCAGAAGCCUAUACACAAGUUAUACAGGUCAUGGAAUCUGGAAAGAGACUGUUAGGAUCUUAUUUCCGUGUUGCUUUCUUUGGCCAGGUUUGUGAUUAUGAUUUUAACUCUUCAGAAGAGGCUCAUUUCGAAGAAGAAGAUGGUAAAGAAUAUAUUUAUAAAGAACCUAAUGUUACAUCUUUACCUCAAGUCUGUGAACGUAUUAAAAAGAUCUAUACUGAUAAAUUUGGUAUGAACAGUGUUCAGUUAAUAAAAGACUCAAAGAAGGUUGAUCCUGCUGCAUUAGAUUCUAAAUACUGCCAUAUACAAGUGACCUAUGUAACACCAUAUUUCGAAGAUAAAGAAUUGAUAGAUAGAUUAACAGAUUUUGAGAGAAACAAUAAUAUUAAAAAAUUUAUGUUUGAAACACCCUUUACAAUGAAUGGUAAAGCACAAGGCAAUAUUGAAGAGCAAUACAAAAGAAGAACUAUAUUAUAUACUAGUAAUACGUUUCCCUAUGUUAAGAAACGUAUAGAAGUAUGUAAUCGUAAAGAGAUAGUAUUACAACCUAUAGAAGUAGCUAUAGAUGAGAUGCAGACUAAAGUUCUAGAGAUUAAAGCUGUAGUUAAUUGUACUGUACCAGAUAUCAAACGUUUACAUCUUAAAUUACAAGGCAGUGUUAAUCCUUCCGUAAAUGCUGGUCCAUUAGCAUAUGCUGACAGUUUUCUUACUAGUGAUAAAAAAGGAAAAUAUCCACCAGAAAAAAUUAAUAUUUUAAAAGAUGUCUUCAGGGACUUUGUAAAUACAUGUAAAGAUGCCUUAGAUUUGAAUGCCAAAUUAAUAACCACAGAACAAAAAGAAUACCAUGAACAUCUGAAACUUGGUUUUACUGAUAUUGUUGAUAGAUUAUCAGAACAUUUCGGAGAGAAAGUAAGUAUUGAAAAUAUCAGAUCGGAGAAAGGAAGCUAG